AUGAGAAUGCUGCGAUGGACUUGCGGGGAGACAAGAAGGGGCAGAGUGUCUAACCGUCACAUUAGAGGAUUUCUACACGUCACUGAGGUGGCCAGGAAAGUGAAAGAGAGGAGAUUAGUUUGGUUUGGACUUGUCGAGCGAAGAGAAGAGGAGCACUACCUGAAGUGUGUGUCAGCAUUGCAAGUCCCCGGAAGAAGAAGGGCGGGAAGACCAAGGAUGAGAUGGAAGGAUUGUGUGAGCCGGGAUAUGAGGGAAGCAGGAUUGAACAGAGAGAUGGCCCAGGAUAGAAACAAGUGGAGGCGUCAAUUGAGGGACCAUUUCAGUGACCCCGUAUAG